GCUUUUUCACCACCCGAAGUGGCCUAAGGACCGAAUACCAAAGAAGAGAAGUUCAGUGAGAAAAGACCAGGGAAAUGGCUGACGAGGUUGAUCUCCUGCGGCCUCUCGUUUCCACCCUCGUAGACUUCAUCCAAGUUCCUAGAAAGAACGUAUUCGUGGCUCUGAGCUCCAGUUCUCCUUCAUAUCCUCCUCUUUCAUGGGAGAGGUUCUUCGUCGAGCCACCUGCUUUACCUCCGUCAAAGAAGCCGAGAGAUGAGGCAUCCUUGUACACUUCAGAAGGAUACGAGCGAGAGAAUUCAAAGCUAUGGAGGCAGGGAUCGAUCUCCAGAGGUGAAGGCUUUCAAGUGGAGAAUUUGGGUAGCUACUAUGCAGUGACGCCACCUUCUAGUCUCCAAGAUGGUGAUGCUAAGGUUGCUAUUUUCAUGAAUGAGGAAUGUAAGAGAGGAUUGGAGUCUUUGUCAAUAAGCAUGGUGGAUGAAACUAAGAUGUCACGCAAGGUGAGAAAGAGGCCAGCAAGGAUAAUCAUACCGGAGUCUUGCGUGAGUAUGUGUUUUGGUGAGGUGGGUAAGGGGAAGGACUUGGUUGAGAAGGAGAUCGAGGUUGAAGGUGCUGAGUAUUGCUUGGCAAGCAGGAAAGGAAGCAGGUCUGUGAUGGAAGAUGGCUAUGGGGCCAUAACCAACAUCAAUGGAGACUCAAAACAGGCUUUUUUUGGUGUGUUUGAUGGGCAUGGAGGCCGUGCGGCUGUGGACUUUGUCACAGAGAAGCUAGGGAACAAUAUUCUAGCAGCUCUCUCUCAGCUAAAGGAGAAAGAAAACCAAUUAGAACUUGCAAUCAGAGCAGGCUACCUGACCACAGAUAGCCAGUUACUUAGUCAGGGUGUGAGUAGUGGAGCAUGUGUAGCUACUGUUCUAUUGAAGGGUGGGGAGCUACAUGUAGCAAAUGCAGGUGAUUGUAGAAUAGUCAUGAGUAGAAAGGGUGCUGCUAAUGUCCUAACAAGAGACCAUCGUCCUGGAAGAGAAGAUGAACGAGUUCGGAUUGAGAGCUCGGGGGGCUAUGUCAGUUGCCACAACGGUGUGUGGAGAGUGCAGGACUCCCUGGCCAUAUCGAGAGCAAUUGGUGAUAUAAGCAUGAAAGAAUGGAUAAUUUCUGAACCUGAGAUUAAAAGGCUCCAUCUUAUGUCGGAUUGUGAGUUUCUGAUAAUAGCUUCUGAUGGACUGUGGGACAAGGUUACUAAUCAGGAGGCAGUGGAUGUUGUCAUGAGACACAAAAACUCCAUAAAAUCUUGCAAAGACCUUGUGGACAUCUCUUCUAGUAGAGGCUGCAGGGAUGAUAUAACAGUCAUGGUGGUGGACCUUCAAAGAUUUCUGUAGGUGGCUAGAUUACCUUCUAGCAACAACAGCUUGAAGCAAUGACCAUAGGUAAGACUUAAAAAGAAGAAAGAGUGCAGAUUAAAAGCUCGGCGAGGAGAUUUUGUACAUAGUAAUUUUGUUUAUUAGGCUCAGAUUAUUUCUUCUUUUUUUUUACCACUUUGUCACGUAUCACUUGGUUGGUCUCACCUCUUAACUGACAAGUAGAAGAGGUGGAAAAUAAUGAACAAAAAAGUUUCAAGAAAUAAAGAUGACAACUAAAGAAGUUUCAAGAAUUGAGGAUGACAAUU